GGCCCUCAGUGUCAAGUCCAUUCCCUUUCCCUCCUCAAAAUUUGCAUUUAGUCAGUCAGUCAGUCACAUUCCUUUUCAAUUUUCCGGCGAAAACUCUCUACUAGAUAGAUGUCCGACGAAGAGCCGGAGCUCAGUCUCAAGCAGAAGACGGAGAUCGCCAAAUGGUUCCUUCUUAAUGCUCCUGCUGGCGAAAUACAAUACGUCGCAAAAGACCUUCGAUCUGUUCUGGAUGACGAUGAUGUGUAUAACACGGCGGCAUCGGAAGCAUUUCCUUUGUAUAAUAGAUCUCACAUGAUAUGCCUGAAAAUGCCUGGAAGUAGCGGUGAUGAGGUCCUUAUCACGUCAUAUAGUCAGCUUACAGAGGAUGAAUAUCUUGAUCCUAGGACUGCACAAGUUUCUAAAGUCGAUCAUAUUAAGCAAGUUUGCACAAAGGUGAGACCAGCAAGUGAUGAAGAGCUUCCCUCACCAUAUGUUGAGGAGUAUCGAUGUGCACUUGAUGAAGAAGUAAUGAGAUAUGUUAGUGAAGCUUAUCCAAAAGGUGUUUGUUCCGUUUAUUGUGGGAAGGGAAAAGACGUGGAAGAACCAGGAUCUGAUUUUGAGUUUGUUGUGGUCAUUUCAGCUAGUCGACACAGUCCUCAGAAUUUCUGCAAUGGGAGCUGGCGAUCAGUGUGGAACAUUGAGUUUAAGGAUGAAGCGCAACUGAUUGAGGUUCGAGGCAAAUGGCAAGUGGGAGCACACUAUUUUGAAGAGGGAAACGUCCAAUUAGAUGCAGAACAUGAAUGCAAGGAUUCAACUCUAUUUCAGUCCCCUGAUGAUACCGCAAUUUCCUUGAGCAAUAUUAUCCGACACCAUGAGACAGAAUACCUUACUGCUCUUCAGGGUUCUUACUCAGAUUUACCAGAUACCACAUUUAAGGAUCUUCGGAGGAAACUUCCAGUAACUCGAACUCUCUUCCCAUGGCACAACACCUUGCAAUUUAGCCUAACUAAAGAUAUCUCAAGAGAACUUGGGAUUGAAAAGUAGUGUUUUUCCCAAACUGAAGAUUUUUGUGCCUUUUCUGUAUUAUUUAUUUUUGUUAUUAGUUUUUCUAUUCUCAGUUGGAAAUGGUAUAAUUUGUAAAGAGGGAUCUUUAAUAUAUUGGAGUCUAUUUGUGAAUC